CUAUGAGACGAACGACGCUUUACACUGAAACACAUUAACUGUAAGAUACAAAAUGCUAAUUAACAUGUUAAUCGGACAAAACAUUAAGUACAAACAAUAGCUUAUUGCAUGACUGAACAAUUUACAGAAUUGGAACCAUUUACGAAGAUGUGACCACUGACAUUCUUGGCAAGAUUGGGCCCUGGCAAUGGCUGGUGACUUUCUUGUCAGCUGCCUACAUGGUCAACAACAUGUUCGAUGCUACAGGCGACAUGAAUCUACUUCGUCCGGUCAACUAUGAGGCUACUAAGGGGCUGAAAUGUGUAUCGGCUGCUGGAUUCAACAGUACUCUGUGCUACUCUACAAACGGAACCGCGUGUGAGAAGUGGCAUGUGAAACUGUUAGGGAUUUUUUGGGUGAAGAGAUCGUGGACCAUAUACUGUGAGGAGUGUAAUCAGCUGCUGUCGCUGUCCUUGAUCAGUCGGUUGGGGUCCACAUUCGGAUGUGUCACCUUUGGAUUCGUUGCUGAUUGUUUCGGCCGCAAGAGGGCGGUGUCGCUGGGGCUGGCGCUGCAGCCGCCGCUGUGGCUGCUGCUGGCCGUCACAGACCGCAAGACCUGGUUCACACUCUUCCUCUUCCUCAGAGCUUUGUUCGGAAGCGCUAAUGUUUAUAUGGGGAUUGUGCUUACAUGUGAAGUGGCCAGCAACGCGUGGCGCACCCGCCUACUGGCGCUGGUGGCUGCUCCCCGAGUCCUGGCCUCCGUCUACACGGUGGCGCUGGUCCACUGCCUGCCCAACUUGGAGACGUUUAGUGCGGUCGCCUUCGUGUACAGUGUGCUUCUGGUGAUUGCCAUCAGGUGGACUCCUGAAUCACCACACUGGCUCCUGUUCAAUAGAAAAAUUGAAACUGCAGAGAAAAUCAUACAUGGGGCAGCAAAGAAAAACUCUGUUUCUCUAUGUAGUGAAUUUAAAAUUAGGCCUGCUGAUCACUGUGCUUACGAGCACUUAGACACACCCAUGUCAUGUGUUGCUAUUCUCAGAACCCACAACAUACGACUGAUCUUAAUGAUCCUCAUGCUGAUAUGGUUGCUCUUCGAAGCUCUAUGGAGCGUGACUUACCUCACAGUAUACAAGGCACCCCAUAUAUCUGGACCUGUAUUGUGUUCAAUAUUCUUCACGAGCAUCGCUAUCGGGUGCCUGUCAGUUUAUGUCGCGCAAUCUUUGAGGUUGAGACACAAACUAGUCCUAUGUAUAGCUGCUGCAGGCACUUAUACUGCUGGUUUGAUUUUAUUGGACGAUAACGAUGAUCUAUCAAGAGUAAUAGUAGCAACACUAGCGAUGUCUUCAGGCGUUCUAGCAAGACUGCUCAUCUUGGUCAUCACACCUAGACUCUUUGCUAUCAGCGUACGAGCUACUAUGGUCGGACUCUGCAAUGGAAUAGCUCAUAUUGGGGCGAUAGUCACAUAUCUAGUGGUUGUUUUAAGAGUUAUGAAUAAUUACGUUCUCCUAGGAGUCAUUUUCGCAUGCACCCUGUCACUUGGAGCUCUGUGCAUGAAGCUACCUGAUGUGGACGAUAGGGAGUUGCCUGAUGUUUUAGAAGAUAUGGAUUACUUUAUGGACCUAUCAAAGCCGCUUCGCUGGGCGUCACAGAAGACGCGCUCAACCUCCCGUGAGGAGGUGGAACUGAGGGUGCACUCGUUCAGCACAGACAGGGACAGCGGAGCACCCUCUGCCACCACGAGGGUGCCGGCUCGACCAAUCAGCUGGCUGUGUAGCUGGGUGGAUAGGAUGAACUGCUUCAGGAGGAAGUUCUAUUAACGUGUGAGCUCAAACGCGAUAUCACGCGAAAGACAAUUGAUUUUUAACCGAUGUCGAAAUAAGG